UUUUUAUUGUCCGGGAGCUAAGCUAUUCAAUUCGUUCGGAAUUUAAUAUUUUCUUUUUUAUUCACAUCUUUGUGUCCAGUAUUUUCAAAACAUAAAAUUGUCACUCUUGAAUCGCACAGCUUCGUGUUCUAGGUCUAAAUUAUUACAUACUAAUAUUUCGUCGAUUCCUGAAACUGAAAUUAAUCUCAAGGUCGUUCACGAACGACUCUUUCCCAAGUUGUUUAGUAGCGAGUAGGUUGAAGUCUAGGCAAAGAGUAAGAAGUAUUUGCAGUAUAUUAAUUAAAUAGUACACAAAUUAAAAUCUUAGAUUGUUUCUCGUAGCAUAUAACUGCGCAAUUAGAGCGCAAUGGAUUUGAUAUGGAAAGUUAGUUCGAAAGCGAAAGAAAUAUUAUCGCAGAAGGAUGACACUGCUGGAAACCAAGCUGAAAGUUCUUUGGAAUAUGCUGGACUGAGAAAUGAAAAACCUGCCUCUUCUUUUAGCCUAGAAACUCAACAAGGCAAUUCUGAUAGAGAAGCUUCUUCUGAGAGUGGAAGUUUCGAUUCAGAACAUAAUGCCAGUCCUGGAUCCAAAGAAUCUGUCCACAAUUUUGAAGCAGAUGAAGAUGCCGAGCGAAACAGUGUUAAAAUGGGGAUAUCAGCUAGCGACCUGAGAGACGUUUCUCACAAAGCCGUAGAAUCGGCUAAGUCAAUUGGCAGUUUUCUUAAGCGUACUAUUACUCAAACAGCUAAGCAUUUAAAAACUACUGUUGAAGAAAAUAGCAUAUUAGGAGAUUUCAAUAAAGAGCAAGAGGCCUUUGUCACUAGUAAAAAUUCUGAAUCUGUUGAUGACUGUAUGUGUCCAUGGGAAGGAAUGGCUGAUGAAGAAAGUGUUAAACAGCAGAUUUUAUCUUUGUCUUCUGAUAGAAGAAAUUUCCUUAGGAAUCCACCUACUGGUGUUAUGUUUGAUUUCAAAUUUGAAGAUAUGUAUCCAGUGGCAAAAAGGAUGUUAAAAGAGGAUCCUGCCUUAGAGAAAAUGCGAUUCGAAAUUGUUCCCAAGUUAAUCAAUGAAGAAAACUUUUGGCGGAAUUAUUUUUAUCGUGUAUCUCUAGUGAAACAGUCAUCAAGAUUGAGUAAAAUGUCUCAUCUUAAAAGCAGCAGUGGUGAAACUUUGUCUGGAAAUACAGAUCGAGAUUCGUCAGAGGAAAGUGUUAAAGGUGUAGUGGAAACUCCUGUAGAAAAUAUGGCAGAUUCUGAUCACACUGACAGCCCAAAUCAUGAAUUUGUAAGUGAUGCUUUUCAGUCCAGUUGUGUGUCUGAAGAGGAUAUUAAGCAAGGAAUGAAACUGCUGGGAGUUACUGAAAAGAAAUCGAAAGAUGAUGACUGGGAAAAGGAAAUGCAGCAAGAAUUGCAAGAGUAUGAGGUUGUUGCUGAAGGAGCUGAAGAGGAUCCUGACUGGGAAAAUGAAAUUCAGGAAAUGUUGGAAGAUAAAGCCAAAGAUGUUGUUUAAAUGUGUGCAAUCAUUAACUGUGUUUUUGUGUGGACAAAUUUUUUUCUGUCCAAGUUCCAGUACUUUUUGAUGGCAUUAAUUGUGCAUUAAGUACCUGUUUAUGUUGUACAUUUUGAAACUAUUGUUUUUAUAUUUGUUAAGAAUAUACAGUGACGUUUUUUUAAUUAUGCUACUAACGUAUAAAUUUAUGUAGAUAUUGGAUAGUCAUAUUUAAUCAGUUUGAUUACUAAGCAGCUUAAAUAUUGAAAAAAUAUAAAUAAAUUGGAUAAAAUUUAGCAAUUUUAACUUCUAAUGUCAAUUAUACUACUGAUUAUAAGUUUUCAUGGUUAACAUGAGAUGUAUUAAACAUCUAGUAUUUUGUAUAUACUUAUAUAACUUAUUAUUCAAAAACACUGCAGCUGUCACCUUUAGGAAUACAAAAUUGAAUGGUAGAAUAGUUUAAAAGGAAGUGGAUCAGUUCUUUUAUAUUCAAAAUUUCAGUUUCUUCUUUCAAAAAAAGGGAAAUGUUUUACUAUAUGAUUUAAGUUGUGUUUUAGUAUGUAAUGGAUAUAUUUUUGAUUGUAAGUCAGGUAUUUUCUACCAUCUUAUUUCUGUUUAAUUUCUCAUAGGUGUUUAAUUCUGAAAUUGAAGCUGAAAGCAUUAUUUAACAUCUACAUUACAUAAAGUAAUGUAAUUUAUAUUGAUUGAUCUGUUAUAGCUAAGUAAUAUUGUUCUAGUGAAGUUUGAAAUGAAAAUAGCUGUUUUCUUGUAUUGAAUUUUUUACAUUAUAAAUGUAUUUGAAUUUAAUAAGUUGUAUUAAGGAAGCAUUUCUUUGAUGUUGUGAAAUACAGUAUUUUGAAUGUUGCCAAAAUAUUUUUAAUGUAGGCAAAAAUGACAAAAAUGAAAAGAUUUUAGAAAAUUAUGUUAAAUCUACUGAGAUUACAUUCGAAUAUCUGUUGUAACAUGUUAAAUUCUAAAAAAUGUAUUUGUCAAAUACAUACAUUUGUAGGACAGGAGAAAGUUUUAUCGGCAAUAUUAAUUGAUAUGAGAGUAGUUCUGUUAUUUUUGUUUUAGUAUUAAAAAUGGUACCAACGGUAUUUGUCUUGUUCAUGUGUAACCUGUGAUAUGAUUUAAGACAGGGAUUGGCGAACUUGUUUAAUACAUGGCCAAAUGCAACUUAUUUUUAGAUUUCAUGUGCCACAAUGUGAAAUAGAGAGUAUAUCCUUUACUGACAGAAUUCAGAGUAUGUUUUUGACGAAUAAAGAUUAUGAUGGGGCAUAAGAAAGAUUGAAAGUUUCUGUUCCCUGUCCUCGGGGUAUUUAUUAAUGCUGUCAUUGAGAAUGAGAUAAUUAAACAUAUUGCACAAGUUAGGUACUCUGUUACUGUUCCAUAUCUUGACUCAUAACUGAUAUUUUGGAUUGUUUUUGAAAGCGCAUCCUAGAUGCAAUGAUAAGGUAUUAUGAAUAGCAGAGAUGCUUAUUUGUAGUGCACAUGAAGUUUGAGUACACUUGAUUUUUAUUGAAAGGGGUAACGUAAAGUUCUCAUAAAUUUUCUUCUUCUUUUAUGCAUUUUAUAUAUCAGAAGGAUACAAUGGUAAAUAUUUUCAUAUUUAACAUUUAAAUGUCAGUCUGUCAACAGUGAUUGGGGCUUAAUAUUUCAGUUAUUUACAGGUCUAUUUUCUCCCUGCUUUUUAAAACUGUAGUAGUUAGUCUAAACAUGCAGGAGUACAUAAAUUAGUGGGUCAUGAAGACAGAAGAGAAACAUGUUAAGUAAAAGCAUAAAAUAAGACAAAGCAACAACCUUAUCUUUGGUUUAGAUUUAGAAAGAAUCUGUCGAUUUUGAGGGCCCUUUUCAUUGGGAGCAAAGAAAGUUAUUAUAAAUUAAAUUGAUCCAGCCAUCCAGUUGACUUUUGAAACUGAAGCUGGCAGCACCCUUCAUUUCCUUGAUAUUCUUAUAAUCCAUGAAGAAUCUGAUUUCAGAACUACUGUUAUGGUAAUCCUCCCACUGCUAUGCCACCAAGCUAAGCAAAAGAUGGUUCCUUUUGACUAUUAUGUAUUUUGUAUGCACAAAGUUUGUUUCUCAGAAUCUCUGCUUGCUAAUGAAUUCAAUUAUUUGAGAUCAGUAACUAUUGACUGAGGAUUUUCUUUCAUGGACAUUGAUAAAGAAGACUAAAAAAUUUUCAUCUUGCCUUCAAAGAAGACAUGCUGCUGUUAAAAAUCAAAUUAGUAACAUUUUCACGCUUCAAUUUCAUCCUUCUGUUACAAAAUUGCACAGAUUCUUCAGAAGUUCAUUUUUAAAGUCAUUUUCUUGCAUAUGAGUAAAAUCCGUGGUUUAAUUCGUAGAUUCCAUUUCUUAUUUUAAUUCAUAGGGAAUUUAUAGCAUAUCUUGUCAGUAUGGUUUGAGAUAGAUCAGCGAAGCUGAAAGAGUGCUAAAGUUUCACAUGAGGGAACAAGAAACUUAUGUCCGGAAAGGUAAAUUAACAAGUCGUCAGUAGGUAAUCAUAGUAAGAAAUUAGAGUCUGUAAAAUUAUCCAAAAAGCAUCUUCCAUUGGUGAAUUGAAUUUUGUUGAAGCUUUUCACAUUCACAAAGGUUUAUUUUCUUUAAUUAAUGACUAAUUCUAAUCCAGUCUUUUGUAAUACUUUUGAAAUUCUAUAAACAUAAUAUUUCAUUUUUCUUAACUAUUUCUGCCUACAGAUGGCGCUAUCUUCUCAUUUACUUUACUCCUUUUGGUUGCAUUCCCUUCGUUGCACUUUUCUUUGCUUCUGUUGAAGAGAGGCCUGUACCUGUUUGUCCUUGAAAUUGAUAUGGUCUUGACAAAAUCUACACCAAACUCAAGGUUGUUGCUUUGCCCAAUUUUAUAGUGAUUAAUGGUUUGUCAGCCCCCUGAUUGAAGAUGAGCAUGUUUAAAGUAUACAGUGUAGCUAUUGUAAAUAUAACAAAAACAUAUUUUCAAUUCAACACUACUUAUUUGGGAUUAUGUAUAACAAGAUUUCUGUUAAAUUGUGUAAGCCAUUUUUAUAACUAUUGUCCUAGUGUUUAAAGUAUGCUUUGCUUGAUUAAUACUCAGUAAAAUAUUUUGAUCUCUUUUUGAUAUUUAAAUAGCAUACCUGAAAUGAUUUCUAUGUAUAAUUUUCUGCUGUUAAUGCAAGUAGAUUUUUAGUCAUUGGCCUGUUUGAAAACAAAAAUUUUUCCCUUGCUUGUGGGCUUAUUUUGAAUAUAUAAGCUUUUUCAUAAUUUAGUCAUUUAUAUUAGUUAACUAUACCAAAUUAUUUUCGUCUAUUUAGGAAACAUUUUCUUAACUUUUGAUUUUGCUUUGUAUGUGCAUUUAAAAUUUUCAUUUUCAUUUUCAAUCAUAUCUUUAUAUAAAAUGCAAAAUAUGAAAAUGUGCCUCUUAUAAUCUAGACACUUUCAUUAAUAAAUCAUGAAUUACUAAUUUACAUGUGUUUGAUGUUGCUAUCAGACUACAGAUUUUAUAAAAGUUGCUUUUCGUGAAAUAUCUUGUUAUAUUUCAUAAAAUUUUAAAAUUCUAUAAAGUCUUCAUUCUAUGUUGUUGUAUGUUUUAAUAUAAACACUUUGUUUGAAACUACUUUUUUAAUAAUUACAUUUCACCUUGCUUCAAAAUAUGUGGUAUUAUUCCAGUAUGGAUGUUAAUUAUCACUUUAUGAUUUGUUUUGUAAGCAACUUGAAUAAUUAACUUGUCAUGGCUUUUAUGCAAAAAGGUGAUACACUUUAUGUAUAUGAAUUGCGCUGCUCUUGUGUGCUUUUAUUUUAAUGUAAUAUAAAUAUUUAAAAGCACAUAUGACAGAAUUUUGGGUAAUUAUUUAUAUUUUAGUGUAAAAUAAUGACGAGCUGUGUGUUAAAAUUGUGUUUCCUGUGAACAGUAGAAAAAGAAAAAUAAUUACCAGUGUAUCAGUUUUUCCUCAACAAUCAUUUCUAAUGUCUUAAUUCAUCAAAUUAAAAAUAAUAAUGAUGAGAAAAUUGAAUUUUAAUCACUGACUCAAACAUUUUUAUUGAAGUUUUCAUAAGAUUAAAAAUGUAUAAUGUAUUAAUACUUACUGUAUUUCUAAACAAAUGUAAAACUUAUUCCAUAUUGUGUUACUUUCUAUUAUAGAAGUUCAGUUUAUAUAUGAUUAUUUAAAGUUGUCUAUUGUAUAGUUAUAACUGUGUGUGUUAUGCAAUUUAUGGGGGAUCUUUUGUGACAGCAAAUGUGUGUAAAAAUAUGUGUGACUUGUGCAUCUCUGUGUAUAUGUGUGAUGUGUGUGUGUGUGUGUAUGUGUGUUCAUGGGUCAUAUUUUGUUCCUGUUAUAUAUAUAUAUAUAUUUUUCAUAUAUUGAGGCCCAAUUUUGUAUUGAGGUACAUGUGUUUCAUUAUUAAAGUACCUAAUUUUUGUUAUUUUUUUUAUACCGAGUGGUUAACAUAACCCAUCCAAUAAACAUACUGGAAGAUUCAUAGUGGGAAACUGCCUCAACAUACGUGUUCUGUUUUUGAAUCAUGUAUAUUUCUGAAGUAUAUGCAUUAAAAAUUCUAUUAUGUUACUCCUAAUAAUGUAAUUUCAUGAUGAUUAGUAUCAAUAGCUUUGCAGUAACACAUAUCAUAAGACAGAUUUCACAAAAUGCCCAGAGCUACUGUCCACACUUAAGAUCAUAUGAAAUUGCCUAGCUCAUGAAUUCAGUCAUCAAAGGGGUGGAAUGACCAGUGUGCCUGAUUGUUGUCAGACUAGGUAGUAUUGUCUGUAUAUUCCUUUUUUGUUCCUGAUGCUGAGGUGUAAGAUUUCUCUAACAGGAGAUUCAUAUCACAAAACUAUUGUAUCAGAACAGUAUAACUUAGCUACUAUUGCUGAUUGUAUUUAUCCAACUUGCAGGAUCAAUGUCCAUUUGAGGAAUGGGGAAAGGAUUUAUUACGUUUUUCUAAAAGGAAUCAUCCAGUAUGCUUAUUUAUUAUAUGGGUGAUUCUAACCACCCAGUGUAAAUACUGUGUAUGGAAAGCAGCUGCCCGAAAUAACCGAAGAGAAUUUUCUUUAUAUAGGUAUAUCUUAAAUAUGUAAGGAUAUUCUUAUAUAUUUCUAUAAUGCAACAGCUAGGAAAAUUUUAUUUUUUGGUGCAUAUGGCUUACAGCAAAAUAUUGUAAAUAUAUAUAACAAGCUAAUAUAUUUUGUUUGCAGGAAUAUUUCUUUAAUAUCAUGACAGUGUUUUCAGUAAAUGCUUAUUUAAACAUACUUCUUUCAUGGGAGUAUUUAAAUUUACUUGAAAAUGGCAUUAGUUACAGCUAAAAAAAAUGGGGUUAACCCUUUAUGUAUUUUUAAUCAUUCCUUGGAAUUUAUUCGUUUAAAAAAAAUUAAGGUAAGUGGACAAAGAAGCGUUUAAUUUUAAUUAUGAAGUUAAGGCAGUGUUUUUAUACAUGUAUUUAAAAUUGUGCCUGUGUUGAUUUUGUUUGGAGGCUAAAUUAAUAGAUAUGUAUAUUUUUGCCAUUUAAAUUCUUUUCGAUUAUGUUUGUUAUUUCUGUAUUAUUUGCAUAAAUUAAUAUUUGUAUUAUAUGUAGUUAAUCAAAUUUUCUUGAAGUUGUAAGAUUGCUUUCUUUAUAUGAUUGAAUGUUAUUUUAUCAGAAUACAUGGUAGUGUAAUAUACAUAUUUCAGUUCUUCUCUCUGGAGAUUAUUAAUAGUCAUUUGUGAAAUCUCUACAACAUAUUAUGCAUAUUUAGAACUUGGUAACUGGAUUUUCGUUUUAAAUCAAGGUGAGCAUUAAGUUGCAAUGUUUUCAAAUAUUUUGACAUAUAUCAAAGGUCUUUCAACCCAGAAUGUUUAAUAUUUAUGAAGACAAAUUUAGAUUUUACUCAUCUAAAAGUACGCAGUAAUAAAAAAAAAGUAGCAUCUUAGUUUCGAAAGCUAAAUAAUAUAAAAACCAAAAUAUUGGCACUGGGCUAUGCAGUGCUGUUAAUUGUGCCUUUCCAUUUGUGAUCCCCAAAAUGAUUGUCAUAAUGAAAAACUAAAAUUGGAAAUUAACAGAUGAAAGCUGAAGGAUACUGUUUUGUUUUCAGUAAACACUUACUUAUUAGGUAAUAUCAAAGGUUAGAUAUAAAAAUAGAGAUUUAAUCUAUGAAAUAUGUAGCUGGAAUGCAAAGAAGGUGAUGAAUCAUAAUUUUCAAAAAAGGCCUCGUGCUGUCAUAUGUAUUUGAUACAAUCAGUACAUAUUUAAUGUGACAAUUAAUAAACUGAUCAUUUAUUGAAUGUUUAGCAAAGCUGAGGUGCAGAGAAAAAAAGAAUCAAAACAGUAAUGUCCUUAUAUUAGUCAUAUUUACUAGACCUUAAAGGUGAAUAUUUUGAUAUUCUGAGUUGAAAUAUCUUCCUUUUUAUUAUUUAAAUUAUAACUUCUUAUUAGAAGUGUAUUAGUGAACAUUAUGCUGUAGCAUAUAACUGUUGGUUAUUUUUAUAUUGAGUUCCCUUCUAAGUGAAAUUUGGCUGUCUACUUUUCAAGUGAAUCUUGCAAAAUUGUUGUGAUAUGGUGUAUGAAUAGCAAUCCCCCCCUUUUUUUUGUGUGUGUGUGUGUAGAUUGCAUAUGAUAGUCAAUAUUUAAAAAAUGACUGAUUUUAUAACUAGGUAUAUAAUUUACUUCUUUGCUUUAUUGCAUGUAAUAAUUGUAAAAACUAAUUUGUGAAAAAAGCUUUGUAUAUCUGAAUAAAAUCUUGAUAUUAUCUAUAUACAUAUAUAAACACAAGUAAGGUAACACAGUGUAGGUAAAUGUAGUUGAAAUUUAUCUAGCUUGUUAUUAAAAAAUUGAUUUUCAUUUAAAAUUCUUUUACUAAAGAUGUUACUUUUUUAAUUAAACAAGUUCCAGAUAUUAAUUGUUUACAUUUAUAGUAUGCUAGGCAUUUGUCAUGUUUGAUUUUGCUUUCGUAUUCAGCUUAUGCUUUUGAAAGUUGUUUUCAUGAUUAUUCUGUAGUGAUAUAAAAAUAUGAUCUGUUAUAUAGCAGUAAAGGCUGUAAAUCCCAUUAACAAAAAAUAAGUUUAAAAUUAUCAAAUUUAUCAUAAUUAAGUCAUAUACCAAAAUACAGCUGAGAAUGAGUAUUUAACAUCCUAAUUUUCGAAGUUAAAAAGUAGAAUUUUUUUGAGUGUGUUAUUAAACUUACUAUUAAAGAAAGAAAGAGAUUUA